AUGGUAUCGCCUAAAUGUCGAUCGCACGCUAGUGCUGAUCAUAUUGAAGACUCCAACGCUACUGCCAAUCUGUUUUUAGGCGGCGUGCGGAGGAACUGGAUGGGUCCACAGACUAACGCCCCAGAGAACUCCGCUACGCGAAAUCCUCGCGUUGGGGUCGACCUUACAGUCCCUCCCGACUCCCUUCCGCACGAGGCUGUCUUAAUGUCCCCCGUUACGCCUGGUGAGACCCUUAACCAACCUCCCUCACGUGGACCUGUUCAUACGGCACAUACGGCAAAAAAACCCGAUACUCGAGCGACGGCUCUUCCCUCGCCCGUUCCCAGUACAAAUUCUCACCCAAGUCCCGUGAACGGCAAUGCGAUCGUCUCAAAUCGACCUUCCACACUGCCACCAGUCUCUACACAACUCACGGCACAGCGUGGCAAUGAUGAUCGCAUGGAGGUCCAACCUCCUAGCGGGCUCGCCACGUCACGAAGCGUGACCCAGUUCCCUAUAAUGGAACCCAACUGGUCCACAAACUCGCCCUCGAUCACAGGAACACGAACAGGCCAUAGCACGGAAGAACACAUAGUGUCGGGGUCACGACCUAGUCCGCAGAAUGGGGGAGCUGGGGCGGCCAUCGCCAAUGAGGUAUGGGAGCAAUGGUCUGGUCGAUUGGAUGCCUUGGUAAACGAUUUGUCUGCAAAGGGAGCACUGCCUCCUGCUCGCUUGAGGGACACAACUAUUACUCGGCCCCGGAUCCAGUUAUUGCGCAAUGCCAUUACUCGUAAGGACGCUUUCUAUCUGGUGAUGCAUCAAUUGUACUGUCGAUAUAGCAUUGAUCCAAGUACAUUGGGUCAAAUUAGAGCCCCUGAGUCGGGCAUGCGAUCACUUAUUCCUCUUCUGGAAGACAAUGGAAAGAUGCAUGAUGCCGCCGUCAUUGGGUUCGCCCAUUUCCCAGCAUCUCCACAGCAGUUGAUGCAGAGCAUCUGGUACCUCCAGGUGUUGUCCGGUGUUCCUGAAUUUUUAUCACGGCUUGCAACUGAAUGGCAUGGCGUCUGGCUUUACUCUCUUCAGUCUCAUCACCCCCCGUUGGUGUCUCACCUUUCGCAAGCAUUUGCUUGUCCAUCUCCGAUUUUGAUGUCGGUGAUGUUCACGUGUGUCGCACGGCGCCUUCACCACGACAAUGACAUCGAACCCCUUCUGGAGUUGUUUUGGAAAGAUUUAGAAGCUUUCCAGCAGUGUAAGGAAUCUGAAACUUCCGAGACGACCCUGCAGGCUCUCAACUGGAAAUUUUCCCAAGCGUAUCUCAACUUCCCACGUUCGUCCGAAUUACAAACACCAUCUUCCUCUCACCCUGCACGACCUCCCAGACCUCAGAAUCAAGCCAUGUCUCAAGCUGCCCCACUAGGACCGUCAUCCCAUCCCAGAUCUUCGGUUGCUGGUGUCAGUCGACCUGCCACAAAUUCACCUGCUGCAAGCCCACUUGCUGCAGCUCGACAGCAUUUCCCCGCAAAUUUGCCCCAGGGCCAGGUUGUUGGUCCAGCUGCUUGGUCCUAUCAAUUUGGCGCUAACUCAGAAACGCAGAAUAACCCACAGUCUCCUUCUCACAACCCCAUUUCACAGGGGCAAGGACAGGGACAGGGACCAGGAACAGGACCGUGGUAUCCCGUGAAUUCAAAUAUGAUUCCGCAUAUGAACCCACAGAUGAACCCACAGAUGCAAAUGCACAUGCAGGCACAGCUUGGACAGGGACCACCUUCUCGGAGGCACCAAUCACUGCCAGGUUCCCAUGGCCAACAAAUGCAGCGUCAAACAAUGAUGCCUACGACUUCAGUAAGGCCUGCUAACCCCUCCACCACCUCCCUCCAAUCGAGUGCUCUCACUUCUGCUCAGUCAGCGCAGUCACUCCAUGCUCCAUCGCCCAUAUUCACGACGCCGACUACAACAUACCAUAUGGCCCAGCACCCGCUGCCACCACAAAGGCCUAAUAACCAUCACAACCGACAGCAUUCGAUGACUUCGCAGUCGUCUGCUUCGCCGAGCACAUGUGCGCCUCCUCAGGGACAUCCUCCUCAGCGACAGCCUCUACAGGGACCGUAUUUCCAGCCUUUACCUAACUCUACCUUCCUCCCGUUACCUGGCUACAGAGCACCCAUGAUGGUGAACCCAAAUCCAACGCGUCUCGGCCUACAUCUGGUCGACCUCCGCGAUCCUAUGAAGAAGCUGGUAAAACAGAGUUCAGAUGGCAACGACAUUGAGACUGAUUUGUUUACCUAUCUCAAUACCUUCGUUAUACGCCCAAUUGUCGUCGACGUUGACCAGCCGAUCUACAAGUGGAAUUUCUCUUUUACGCAUGAUGAGUGGCAAAAGUUCCCACAUGUAGCUCACGGGAACGACGGCCAAUAUUCAAUUUGGACAUUUAGGCCCGGUUGCCGGACUACUCGCCUGCGAUGCAUUCGUCUUCCUGGCAAUCUGGACACUGUGACGGAGCAGACCUGGUCUACCGCGGGCACUUUCUGGCCCAGUGUCUUUUACAUUACUGUGAACGGCACAGAGCUCUAUGUGCGCCGAAAGGUUUACAACGGAAAAGACCUGCCUUUGGACAUCACCGAGUACCUCAAAGCAGGCGAAAACAGCGUACGGCUCGAUAUGAUCUUAGCACAGGAUGAGUGCAAGACCUCCAGAUACUUCUUUGGGGUGGAAGUCAUGGAGGUCGCCGAGUUCGACCAGAUACUCAGCCUGAUCCAAUCCGUCUCAGCCGCCGACUCUCGUGCAGCAAUCAAAAAGCGUCUCUCUACCAUCACCGACGAUGAUGACCUGGCAGUCGUCACCGACAACCUCACAAUCGACCUAGUGGACCCCUUCAUGGCACGCAUCUUCGAUGUCCCCGUUCGCUCGCGCCACUGCAACCACCACGAAUGCUUCGACCGUGACACUUUUAUAAGAACCAGGAAGUCCGUAUCCGGCCCGACACCGAUGGUCGAUAACUGGCGCUGUCCGAUCUGCAAGGGAGACGCACGCCCCCAGUUCUUGGUCGUCGAUCAGUUCCUUGUCGAGGUCCACACCGAGCUUGCCCGUACUAACCGACUUGAUGGGAUUAGAGCAAUCCAGAUUAAAGUUGAUGGAACCUGGACCGCCAAGUACGACACCGAUGACACCUCACCCGGGGCAGACAGACCCUUCUCUCCAAAGCGCAAGGCUGAAGGCUCUUUGGGCUCUGUUGCCGUGCGCACCAAGAGCGAUGUGCCUAGUGGUAGCCACAGCCCGGCUGUUCGCACCCAAGAACAUACGGUCAUUGAAUUGGACUAA